AUGGAGCCGACCAUCGGGCCGCAACAGGCUCCAAAGACCUUCGUGCUCUGCUUUGACGGCACAGGCAACAAAUUCUCGGGAGACGAGUCGGAUAGCAAUGUCUUGAAGAUAUUUCGAAUGCUCGAUCGCAGUCGCGGUACUCAAUUCCACUACUAUCAGCCAGGAAUUGGCACCUAUGUGACCUCAACUUCGCUCUCGAGCACUGGCACCAUUCAUCGCAUUCGCUCGGCUUAUCUGAAAGCCAAGGAUUCUGCCGUAGGGUCGUCGUUCGAUCAGCAUGUCAUGGGUGGGUACAAGUUUCUCAUGCGAUACUACGUUCCCGGUGACGAUAUCUACUUUUUCGGCUUCAGCCGUGGCUCAUACAUUGCGCGCUUUUUGGCCGAAAUGCUGGAUUAUAUCGGUCUAUUGGAGGCUGGAAACGAGGAGUUGAUCCGCUUCGCAUGGAAAACAUUUGCCAAGUGGCAACAGCGACGAGGUCAAACUGACCAGGACCAAGAAGAGAAGAAAAAACUCUUCAAUUAUAUGAAAGCUUUCCGCGAAACGUUCAGUCGCCCAAUCAGUCGAAUCCGCUUCAUGGGACUUUUCGAUACAGUCAACAGUGUACCCCGAUUCGAAUCUGCCUGGAUGCAACGAAGUAAAUUUCCAUAUACAGCUCGCAGUUCUGCUCUCGUGAUUCGCCAUGCGGUCGGUAUUGAUGAAAGACGGGCCAAAUUCCGCCAAGAUCUGAUUUCAGAGUCGAAGCCCUGGCAUGCGAACCACAAGCAUCAUGACCAUUACCUAAGGGAUCACAUGCACCAUCUUCACCUCAAUCGCGAAAAGCCAGAAGAGGUCCCUAAAAUCACUUUAAACAAUGAUGGUUACGAUGUCGACCUGGAGAAAGCGGGACAGGAAGAUGAAAAGACCGCCGCUCGCCGGGGUCGAGAGGAGGGCGAAUCCAUCUACCGGACUCCACGUGGCUCCAGCGCCGGAAGUACGCAACAUAUAGAUCGAUAUCGCGCACCUUCACCAUUACAGAAUCGAAAAACGAGUCAUCCGAACUUGGACGUCCCGGAGAUCAAUGUCCCUAUCGAUGACGGUUCGUCGACACACAGCGAUGUUACGUCACUGCAGAUCGCACAUGAACUCAGUGAGGACGACGUAAGAGAGCAAGAUAUUCGCGAAGUUUGGUUUCCAGGUGGACACGCUGAUAUUGGAGGUGGCUGGAGUCUCGAGGAGGGUGAAUCCUGGGCUCUGAGCCAUGCGCCACUGGUCUGGAUGGUUCAGGAGGCACAGAAAGCUGGCUUGAAUUUUGACCACAGGAAAAUGAAACAAUUUGAAUGUUGUGAAGAGUAUGUUGAGAAUUACUCUCCCAUCCAUGUCUAUGACCAAGAGCCGGAUUGGUGUCAGGAUGAGAGUCAUGGCGCCAAUGUAAAUGGCAAUGGGAUACCAACAAUCAAACUUCCCCGGAAUGAGAACGAACGUAAUACAAGUCGUGCGCUUCAUCGCUUCCUUACUGCCCUUGAGCACUCCAGCACAAAAGGCGUACUGCACGAUUGCCUGGAAUAUGGCGCAGGACUUCCGUGGAGUUCUGUGCUUUCUUGGCGCAUUAUGGAGUAUUUGCCGUUUCGACGUAUGGACCUGCAGCCCGAUGGAUCGUGGAAACCUAUCCGCUGGCCGCUUCCUUGCGGUGAAGUUCGUGAUAUUCCCGACGAUGCAGAGAUCCACGUGUCAGCCAUUCGUCGUCUAAAAGCCGAUCCCAAAUACCGUCCUGGAAAUCUGAUCAUCGGGGGCGGCGGACGCGGCAAAAGGAAAGCUUCUGCAGAAUAUGGUAUUGGUGAAUGGGUGGUCUGCAACGACGAAGGCGACCCUGUUCGAGAGACGUAUACACGGAAGAAGGCAGGCAAGAAAGCAGAAGAGAGCGAGAAUCAGUAG